GCUGUACUAUACUUUUGUCCAAACCACCAAUUUGUACAAACAAAAGCUAGAACAAACUAUAAACAUAUACCAUGAGAUCACAAUUUAAAGACGAAUACGACUUUGAAAAGAGAAAAGCCGAAGCCACCAGAAUCUUGGAGCGGUUUUCCGACAGACUUCCAGUUAUCUGUGAAAAGGCUGAAAACUCCGACAUUCAAGAAAUCGAUAAGAGAAAGUACCUUGUUCCUGGUGACUUAUCGGUUGGUCAAUUUGUUUACGUGAUAAGAAAGAGAAUCAAGUUGCCCAGUGAAAAGGCGAUUUUCAUCUUCAUCAACGACAUCUUACCUCCCACUGCUGCCUUGAUGAGCACCAUUUACGAGGAGCAUAAAGACGAAGACGGGUUCUUGUACGUUCUUUACUCGGGAGAAAAUACCUUUGGUGAAGGUAAAAUGAUCCCUAUCGACUUGAGUGAGCUUGACUUCAGCGAGUUUACCAACUAAGAGAGUUAACAGUCGUGAACAAAUUUAUAGGGUAUAUUAUGUAUGUAUUUUGAAAUUUUA